UCUCUCUUUCUCAGUCUUUAAUUUGAAAUUCUUGAUUCACUCGAAGACGCGCACUUUUCAUUAAUUAUAGUUUGUUGUAAACCAACCAAAACCUUCUUUAUCUCUCUCUCUCUCUCUCUCUGUGUGUGUGUGGGUUUUCGUUCAUUUUAUUCUUCUCUCUAAUGCCCUUUGAUCAUUCCCUCAUUCCAGGGCUGGUGGAGUGCUGGUGAUUGCUUUUACUAGCAUGGCAUUGAGCAAUCCAUUCUUUGACGAUAUAAGGAGCAAAGCUGAUGUUGAUCCUCCCCAAAAUGAAGAUUCAACAGAUGUUAGUGAGUCAGUGAAUGAUCCUGCACAAACUGCUCUUAAGCCUAAUGGGACCGUUUCGAGCAGUGUUCGUGAGCUUUUAGAGUGCCCUGUAUGCCUGAGUGCCAUGUACCCUCCAAUCCACCAGUGUUCCAAUGGUCACACUAUAUGCUCAGGUUGCAAACCCAGGGUCCAUAACCGGUGCCCUACAUGUAGGCAUGAGCUUGGCAAUAUCAGAUGUCUGGCACUGGAGAAGGUGGCCGCGUCUUUGGAACUUCCCUGUAAAUAUCAAGGUUUUGGGUGCAUGGGUAUAUAUCCAUAUUACAGCAAGCUAAAGCAUGAAUCUCAAUGUGCAUAUAGACCUUAUAACUGCCCAUAUGCUGGUUCAGAAUGCUCUGUUAUGGGUGAUAUACCCUACCUGGUGGCCCAUCUGAAAGACGACCACAAAGUGGACAUGCACAAUGGUAGCACUUUUAACCAUCGUUACGUCAAAUCAAAUCCACAAGAAGUUGAAAAUGCCACAUGGAUGUUAACGGUUUUCAGUUGCUUUGGUCAGUAUUUUUGUCUACAUUUCGAAGCUUUUCAGCUAGGAAUCGCUCCUGUCUACUUAGCCUUUUUGCGGUUUAUGGGAGAUGAUAAUGAGGCAAAGAAUUAUAGCUACAGUCUAGAGGUAGGUGGAAGUGGGAGGAAGAUGAUUUGGCAGGGGGUGCCUAGAAGCAUUAGGGACAGCCACCGGAAGGUCCGGGACAGUUUUGAUGGCCUCAUCAUUCAGAGGAAUAUGGCUCUCUUCUUUUCAGGGGGUGAUCGGAAGGAAUUGAAGCUAAGGGUUACUGGUAGGAUUUGGAAAGAGCAGUGACUGGAGUGAGAUGAUGUCCUCUCUUCAACUAGCAAUUGUAUUAGAUUGAAUAGUUUGUAGUGCAACCUCAUUUCUUGUAAUGAUAUGUAUCUUCUGGUCAUGUAUUGGGUUUUGUAUUUUAGGAGGCAAAUUCUCUUUGCUUAUCCUUACAUCAAAUACAUGAACAGGAAGGUGUA